AGUAGAUUAAAAACACGAAAUGCCGAAAAUACCUCGCAAUCAUUUUUCUAAAUUAAAUAACUGGGAAGAGUGGGAGAAAUAUAAAGUGCUUACAUUCUGUUGACGCUUGUAGUUUUCUAGCUGUCAUUAAAGUGACAUUUUAAAAAAAAAAUCACAAUGAGUGGAGACGAUGACCAGAAGAUGCUCAUCAUCCGUAAGGCCUUCACGAUGUUCGAUACGGGCAAAACCGGAUUCAUCGAAACAAUAAAAAUUGCCACAAUCCUCAACACAAUCGGUCAGUUAUUCGAUGAAGUGGCCCUCAACGAACUUAUAGCAAAAAACGAUCCCGAUAGAACCGGACAAGUGAAUUUCGACGCCUUCUCCGAAAUCAUCCACCCGUUCCUUGAAGAAGAUUUAGAUGAAGCCGAAACACAGAACGAACUAAAAGAAGCCUUCAGAUUAUACGAUAGAGAAGGUAAUGGUUAUAUAACAACGGGAACUCUAAAAGAAAUUUUAGCUGCACUCGAUGAUAAUCUUACUAGCAGGGAUUUAGAUGGAAUUAUAGCGGAAAUCGAUACCGACGGUUCGGGAACGGUAGAUUUCGAUGGUAAUAAAAAAAAUCGUAGUAAAAAUCUUGUUAUUUACGCGUUUUUUUUUCAGAAUUCAUGGAAAUGAUGACAGGAGAUUAAUUUAUUAAUAAACGGUAUUUCAUAUCUGGGCCAUUCUUUAUAGUAUUGAUCAAAAUUCCAAUCACAGUAUACGUCUGCGGUUUAUGUAAACACAUUUACUUAUUAAACUGUUAUUUUUACAAUAAA